AAAGGAGAAAGAAAAAAAAAAAAAAAAGGAGGGAAAAAAGAAAGAAAGAAGAGAAGGAGAAAGAAAGAAAAAGGAAAGCGCUCGCCUGCUCUCUAGAAUAACAAAAUACCUGAUCGUAACAAAAUAACAUCCUCCAGACCAAAUCAAACAGGGACUUGACAUACCAAAAGGCAAAGCGAGGAGAGAGAGCCAGGGAGCGGGGAAGGCGAGCCAGAGCCGCGAUCGCUGCCAGGGCCGGACAGCAGCAUGGCAAGCGCCGGGGCACACACGGAUGAGCGCUGCCGGCAGCCUGCCUUCCUCCCCGGCCCGCCGCCGACAGAAGUUGAGAGCGGCAGCGGCAGCGCCAAGGUGCAGAGGAUGUGUGCAGCCAGGCAGAUGCUGUUGCUACUGCUGGCCUUCCUGGCCUACGCUUUGGAUUCAGCUGCGGCAUACGGCACGGCAGAGACCCUCUGCGGUGGGGAGCUGGUGGACACGUUGCAGUUUGUCUGCGGGGACAGGGGCUUCUACUUCAGUAGACCAGUGGGACGAAAUAACAGGAGGAUCAACCGUGGCAUUGUGGAGGAGUGCUGCUUUCGGAGCUGUGACCUGGCUCUGCUGGAAACCUACUGUGCCAAGUCCGUCAAGUCAGAGCGUGACCUCUCUGCCACCUCCCUCGUGGGCCUCCCAGCCCUCAACAAGGAGAGCUUCCAGAAGCCAUCUCACGCCAAGUACUCCAAGUACAACGUGUGGCAGAAGAAGAGUUCUCAGCGGCUGCAGCGGGAGGUGCCUGGCAUCCUGCGCGCCCGCCGGUACCGGUGGCAGGCAGAGGGGCUGCAAGCAGCUGAGGAAGCCAGGGCGAUGCAUCGUCCCCUCAUCUCCUUGCCCAGCCAGCGGCCCCCGGCGCCGCAGGCAUCCCCUGAAGCAACCGGCCCCCAGGAAUGAACUGUGACCAGCCGGCUCGAUUUAUGAUCUCCUGGGGAGAGACUGGCGAGACUCGGCCCCCCUGAGCCCCUCCGUCCCCGAGUCGAGGAGCGGGGCGGCAGGCACCAUCACGCCGCUCCGGCCCCAACCAAACAACUGACACAAGCAAGGAGGGGAUGGCAGCAGCCGUGUGCAGCGUCCUCCUUUUGGGGUGGGGGGGAGGGUUGUUUUGUUUCCCAGGCCUGUUUCGUUUCCCUCGUGCACCCAGUAUUUUUCAAGCCUUGUACUUACGAAGGGACCGUUGGGCACUUGAACUUCUUGUUGCCAGGCGCUGUGUGACAUCCCCAGUGCCAACACUAGAAGACAAAAGAAAGAGCAAGAGGGAAAAAGGAUAUGAAGUUAACUUUUAAUUUUUUUUGUGUGGUUUUUUUUUUUCUCUCAAGAAGAAGAGUCCAUUCCAUGUCUUUCUUGACAAUAAAGUGAAAGCAAAAACAAAUGGGGAAAAAUGUUGAGGGAUGUAACUUUUUUGCCUCAUUCCCACCCAACUUCUUUUUUUUUUCUUCCUUUCUUUUUCAUUGGUAACUUUUCUUAUUUUUAUAACUUUUUUUUUUUUUUUUUUUUUUUUUUUGCACCUUUAAAAAGAAAAUGUAACUGAGACGAAGUUCCGAGGAGACCCAUCUGCAUUUUUUGUGUGUGUGCUUAAUUACAAGAUUCCAAAUUGACUUGCACCUUUUUGAAACCAUCACUGACGGGAGAAAGAGAGGAAGAGGAGAGAGAGAGAGAGAAGAAAAAGGAAAAGGGGGGGGGGGGGGAAAAAAAAGAAGUGAGCUGAUGCUCACUUUAAAUGGGGGAGGCGUCUGCAUUGCACAUUUGCCACGGAUUUAGUUGACUUAUAUAUAUAAUAUAUUAUAUAACUUUUUUGGCAAAAAAGCACUAUUUUUAUGGGACAUUUUGUGUAGUAUCUGAAGAGGGAUUGUAAUGUUUAAAAUGUGUUAUGGUGCUAAAGUAAGUUGGAAGGGAAAAAACCCAGAAAUAGCAAAGGAGGGUGGGGAGGGAAGGACAAGAUAGCGAAUACUGAACUUGAAAUUUUAGCUUUUCGUUUUAGGAAAAGUGUGAUAAAUGUGUUUCUUUUCUCUUCUGAAAUAUAGCUUGGUCAUGACCAUA